AUGAUUUUCCCUAGGAUUGCUUUGAGUGGAUCCUUUAGGGUUCCUUACUUGGUUAAUAUUGUCAAGUUUUCCAGCGCUACAACGGAGUUGCCGUUUCACAAAAUGGUUGAAGUUUUCUUUAACAAUGCAGCCGAACACGUCGAGGUGAAAAUGAAUAAAGAGCUUCCUUGGCAAGGAACAUCUGAGAAAAAGGCAAAAUAUAUUAAGGGGGUCCUUGAUAACAUUAGAGCUGUGGAUAACGCUACAGAAUUUCGCUUCCCUAUAAAGAGGGAUGAUGGCUCGUUUGAAGUUAUUAAUGCAUGGCGCGCUCAACACAGUCAUCAUCGAUUGCCCUGUAAGGGUGGCAUUCGCUAUGCUGCUGAUGUCGACAUGGGGGAGGUCCUUGCUCUCGCUUCCCUAAUGACCUUCAAGUGCGCUGUUCUCAACGUCCCGUACGGUGGUGCCAAAGGGGGUAUCAGAAUCAAUCCAGCGGACUAUUCUGUUGAUGAACUUGAACGUAUCACCCGUCGCUACGCCAUGGAACUUGCUAAAAAGGGCUACAUUGGUGCCUUUGUUGAUGUGCCCGCUCCUGACAUGGGUACUGGUGAACGCGAAAUGGCUUGGAUGGCUGAUACCUACGCCCAAACUGUGGGCUACCAGGAUAUUAAUGCUAAAGGUUGCGUGACUGGCAAACCCAUAAAUCAGGGUGGUAUUCACGGUCGUACCGCUGCUACCGGACUUGGCCUCUUCUACGCAUUGGAAAACUUUAUCAACAACGAAAAGUGGGCUUGCAAAUGCGGUCUCUCGAGCGGUAUUAAAGGCAAGACUUUUAUCGUCCAGGGCUAUGGAAAUGUCGGCCAGUACACCACCCAGUUUAUGCACGAGGCUGGGGCUAAGUUAAUUGGUGUAUUGGAGCUUGAUGGCAAUAUCUAUAACCCCGAUGGGAUCGACGUCCCAUCCCUUGACGCCUACAAAAAAAGUCACGGUGGCAUCGCCGGUUUCCCCGGUGCUCAAGCCUACACCAAGGGCUCUCUUCUCUCUGAGGAGUGCGACAUUCUCGUUCCCGCGGCGAACGAGCGUCAAAUCAACAUAGAUAACGCUGAUAGUAUCCGAGCAAAGCUGAUUCUUGAAGGCGCCAACGGUCCGGUCACCCCGCCGGCAGACAAGAUCCUACAAAAGAAGAACAUUCUUGUUAUUCCGGACCUUCUGGCUAAUGCUGGUGGUGUCACUGUCUCCUACUUCGAGUGGCUGAAGAAUCUGAACCAUGUCAGUUUUGGAAAGCUCUACUUUAAAUAUGAGAAAGACAACCAUUACCAUAUUCUGAGUAGUGUCAGCCAAUCGCUAGAACAUGCCCUCGGAAAGAGGGUUGACAUCCAACCGACGGAGGAUUUCAAAGAACGCUAUGAUCGCAUCUCGGAGGAAGAUGUUGUCCGUUCGGGUCUUCACUACAGUAUGGAGCGGGCGUCAAACAUCGUCAUGGAUACGUGUGAAUCCUACAAUCUUGGCUUGGAUCUUCGUACAUCAGCCUAUAUCAGCGCCAUCGAGAAGAUUUUCUACACAUACCAUGCAUCGGGAUUGACCUUCAACUAG